AUGGCAGAAGAAACAGCUAUUCCCGAACCAGAGAUUGUCAAGAUCUCUGUAUUUACACCAUUAAUCUAUGUGGGUGUUGUGUUGACGGUGUUUGUGAUAUUCUCGAUUGUUUACAGAAGAAGACGAUUACAGUCGUUCACGGAGAUUGAACCAUUAUUCAAAGAAAACUACCCUGCUGAGAUCUAUCAUCAAUUGAAAGCAGCAUAUGUUGAUGCAGAUUUACCUAAGGAGAAGAAACCACAUGAAAAGGUGAUGAAGGCUGCACUUUUGAGAAGAGCAGCUGAAGCGAUAAGAAGAUCGAUGAAGUUAAAAGAGAACGAGGGGGCAUUUACCAAAUUGUAUCAAAAUGGAUUAAUUGGAGACGAUAUUUUCAAACAAUACGAGUUCCAGAUCAAGUUCCAAGAGUUGGAGUUGAAGGAAAUUGUAGCUGAAUGUGAGAGUUACAAGAAAGGAUGGGUACAGACAUUUUUCCCAUUGGCACAAGAGAUUUGUUUUAAUGAAGCAUUGAGAAGAAGAUUGAAGGUGUUAGAAGGUGGUAAGUGA